AUGAUAUUUGGGUCUGAACCACCACUUUAUUUGAAACCGGUGGGGCGACGCGGGCUCCGGCGGCAUGAGGCAGAUGAGCUGCAACAUUACCCCAAUUAUGUCCAUCCCGUUUGUCAGCAGCCGGACAGUGCCGCAUACAUAAGCGAACCAUACCGCCUUCAUCCCGCCCUCAAAGCCGUGCAUGAGCUCCGGCAUCAACAGAAUGAAGGAAGAGAACGACAAAGAAUCAUACGUGCGAAUCGUAUGAUGCGUGUUGUUGAGCGUAAUGCCGAUUUGAAGGUGCGUCGGGAUAUGGAGUUUGAGCGGGAACAGGAGCAUUGGAAAAAAGUUGCUGGUGUGUCCACACGAAAUGAACCCAGUAACGGGUUAGAUACCGUUACGCUGCAAUGUAGAACAGCGGAGGCACGCCAAGCAAUGGAGUAUAAGGAGGCUGUAGGGAAAUCUUUGUACUAUGCAAGGCAAAAGCAAUUAGCAGGACGGAGGGACGUGCACGGCUACAACAUCAUUUCCGGUGAACCGCUAAAGCCGAUAAUAGUGCCGCCGCUUCCACCACCUAUUUCAACUGCGGAGGAUUCCCAUUCACACCAAUGA